AUGGCCUCCUCCUUUGGCCCCGACGACCAGGCCGACGCCGACUUCUUCGACAAGCUCGUCGACGACGACGACGCCCCCGCCUCCGCGCCCGCCAACUCCGCCUUGGCUCGCGACGUCUCCGACAUCAGCCUCGCCGACGAUGACCCACCUACCCUGCCACCCGCCCCCGAGGCGGCGCCUCCGGAGGGAGGGUCACCGGGCUCAACCAAGGCCGGCGCCGGCGUCCACACCACCGUCAAGCAGGUGCAGUGGGCCUCCUUCGGAGGCGGCCCGGAUGAUGGCGCUGAUCCAUUUGCUGAGCUCUCGGGAGGCGCCGGCGACGACAGCUUUUUCGGGACCCAGACCCCGGAGACCUCCGAGGGCACCUCGGAUCAUGACUUAUUCGGUGGGAAUCAGAGCUUGGCCGCUCCGGUGACGGAUCAGGACUUCUUCGGGGGGACCUCCAGCUCCAAUCAGAAUGUGGACGGCCAGCUUGAGAGGACCGGCAGUGGUGCUGUGGAUUCAACAGAUCCCAAGUAUCUGGAGGCCAUGUACCCCGGAUGGAAGUAUGAUGAGGCAACGCAGCAAUGGUACCAGGUUGAUACUUUCAAUACAAUAGGGAAUGCAGCUCAGUUGGUAGACAAUAGCAGUCAGAAUCUACAGCAGCAGCUUGACGCAUCUUACCUGCAGAAUUCAGCGCAUGCAGGGCUUGAGACCAUUGCUGAGGAGGGCACUGCCACAGCUGGUGUCUCAAGUUGGGGGCAGGGGGGUGCCUCAGAGUACCCACCCAACAUGUUCUUCUAUGCAGAAUACCCAGGUUGGUACUUUGAUACCAACACCCAGCAGUGGCACUCGCUUGAGUCAUACCAGCAGGCUGCCAUGCAGGCUGGAACAGCUAAUGUGGUUCAGACUGGUGCAAACGAUGGUGCUGUUGUGACUUCUGUAGGAACAGGCUAUAAUGCCAAACAAACUGAGGACCCUGCUGUCCACAAUCCGGUGACCCAACAUAACUCGUUCACGAAUAGUUUCGCUCCUCAGAGCCAACGACAGAUGACUGCUGCGUUUGGUAACACUAUGCAAUCUGAAAGUGCUACAGAUAAUAGCCUGACCAGUAGUUUCUACGGUUUUGAUCAACAAGCAAAUGCUGAGACUAGUAGUUCCUCUACAAGCCAACAGGUUGGUUUUAACACAGCUGAAACUGUUACAGAUCACUAUGGUGCACACAAGGGCUUUGAAUCAAGCCUUCAGAGUGGUUAUAGCUCCUCUGACAGUCAACAAUCCAGUUACAAGGCGGUUGAACCUUCCACAGGUUAUCACGCCAGUUAUAAAGCGUUUGAACCUGCCAUGGGUCGCCAGACCAGUCACAAUGUGUUCGAACAGUCCGCAGGUAAUCAGGGAGGUUACAAGGCGUUUGAACCUUCCAUGAGCAACCAGAGUGGUUACAAGGCAUUUGAACCUUCCACAGGUCACCAUAGUGCUUCCAAGGGAUUCAUGCCUUCCACUGGUCACCAGACUGGUUACAAGGGAUCCGAAGCUUCCACAGUUAACCAGGCCAGCUACAAUGAAUUUGAAACUUCUACAGGUUACAAUACCAGUUUCAAGAUAUUUGAGCCCUCUUCAGCUCAACAUGCUGGUUACAUGGGUUCCCAACCUUCUUCAGGUCAUCAACCAAACUACUUGGGAUUUGACACUUCUGCCAAUCACCAAGGUUAUGUUGAUGUCAAUGGUGCUGCGGAUACUCAAGGAUUUGUCCCAAUGCAAAGCACAUACCAUGGUCAGAACCAAGCAAGCGCAAACCCACAAGGGCACCUGUCAAAAAGCUAUUUGGGUACGGAGAACUCCAUGAACUUUAAUCAGCAACAAUUUCUGAUUGCAAAUACCUCAAACUUGCAGUUUGGCCACUCUCAUGAUGGGAGGUCAUCAGCUGGACGACCACCACAUGCCCUCAUUGCUUUUGGGUUUGGAGGGAAACUUAUAGUUAUGAAAGAAACCAGCUCAAUGACCACAAACUUUAACAGUGGAAAUCAGGGGAACUCUAGUGGCACAGUGUCAGUCCUUAAUCUAUCGGAGGUGGUUUUUGAUAAAGUUGAUCCUUCAAGCAUCACUAAUGGCAGCACAUUUGGUUACUUCAAUGCUUUAUGCCGUCAACCUGUCCCUGGUCCUCUAGUUGGUGGAAGUGCUUCAUCAAAGGAUGUGCAUAAGUGGCUUGAUGAGAUGAUUGCAUGGUAUGAACCUUCCUCCACUGAACUCCAGAGAGGUGAUACUCGCAAGUUGCUUAUUUCAUUGCUGAAGAUACUGUGUCAGCACUAUGGAAAACUUCGUUCACCUUUUGGGGCUGACCCACAAGAGGAGACAGAUGGCCCAGAAAUGGCAGUAACUAAGCUAUUUUCUUCAUUUAAGAGAAGUAGUGUUCAUAUGGGGGAUUAUGGAUCAACUGUUCACUGCAUGAAAAAUAUUCCCUCAGAAGGUCAGAUGCAGGCUGUUGCACAAGAGGUCCAAAAUCUUCUAGUUUCUGGAAGAAGAAAAGAGGCCCUUCAGUAUGCCCAGGGAGGUCAACUGUGGGGACCUGCAAUCAUACUGGCUUUACAGCUUGGUGAUCAGUUUUAUGUGGAUACAGUGAAGAGAAUGGCUCACUCCCAUUUUGUAUCUGGGUCACCUCUGCGAACCCUAUGCCUUCUCAUUGCUGGACAGCCUGCAGAUGUUUUUAAUGUAGAGAACAAUGUCAACAGCGACUAUGGUACAUCCCAUCAACCUAUGGAGCCUGGUCCUAAUGGUAUGUUGGAUGAUUGGGAGGAGAAUUUGGCUAUUAUUACUGUAAACAGGACAAAAGGUGAUGAUCUAGUAAUCACCCAUCUUGGUGAUUGCCUUUGGAAAGAGAAAAUUGAGGUUGCAGCUGCUCAUUCAUGCUAUUUAGUUGCUGAACUAAAUAUUGAUUCAUACUCGGAAAGUGCAAGGUUAUGCCUCAUUGGCGCAGACCACUUGAAGUGUCCUCGAACCUUUGCCAGCCCUGAAGCCAUUCAGAGGACAGAAGUAUAUGAAUACGCGAAGGUGCUUGGUAAUUCUCAGUAUAUCCUGCUACCCUUUCAGCCAUAUAAGCUGAUAUAUGCAUACAUGCUUGCGGAAGUGGGGAAGAUUUCUGAUUCUUUGAGGUAUUGCCAAGCAUCUUUGAAGGUGCUGAAAGCCUCUGGCCGUGCCCCUGAAUUGGAGGCAUGGAAACAAUUGUUUUCUUCGCUAGAGGAGAGGAUACGCACUCACCAGCAGGGUGGAUAUGGCACAAAUCUUGCCCCAGCAAAACUAGUGGGGAAAAUUUUCACCUCGCUUGAUAAAUCUAUAUCCCGCAUGAUGGGUACACCAUCUGCACCACUUCCACCACUGCCACAUGGAUCUGUUAGUGAUAGGGAGAGCCAUGCUGCGCCUGCAUCUGCAAAAUUUGUAAAUAGCCAAUCGGUAAUGGCCAUGUCAUCGUUAAUGCCAUCUGCUUCAAUGCAAUCUAUGACUGAGAUAGCAGAGAAUAGUGGCGGCGCUGGCAGGAAAAUUGCACACAACAGAAGUGUUUCCGAGCCGGACUUUGGUAGAACAUCAAAACAGGGUGCCGGAUCAGAUGGCACGCAGAGCAGUGCAUCAGGAUCGGGCAGUUCUCGGUUUGGUUGGUUGGGCUCCACACUGCAGAAGACUAUGGGAUUCGUGUCAAAAUCCCACCGUCAGGCAAAAUUAGGGGACCAGAACAAGUUUUACUAUGAUGAGAAGUUGAAGCGGUGGGUAGAAGAAGGUGCUGCAGUUCCUGCCGAGGAGCCUCCUCUACCUCCACCUCCAACAAAACCGUCGUUCCAGAAUGGUAUGCCAGACCAUAAGUUGAAUGGCCUCAUGAGUGGAAGCCAUGCUCCCAAUGGAGUCACAGAAUGGAAAUCCUCAAAUUCUUCCGAGCAAGGUUUGGGGAUGCCACCAAUUCCACCUAGCCAAAACCAGUUUUCUGCUCGGGGACGUAUGGGUGUCCGGUCCAGAUAUGUGGACACAUUCAACAAGUCUGGUGCAUCUGGAGCAGUGCCAUCGUAUAACAAACCGGCUGCUCCUUCUGUGACACCACCAGCAGGUGCCAAGUUCUUCAUGCCAACCGCACUUGCUUCUGAUCAGAUGGUGCCACACCAAGCAGCAGAGAUACACAGUGAAACCAUCCAUCGGGACGAGCGGUCAGCCUCACCGCCAGCAGAAACAUCAUUUUCUUCACCCCCACCAUCGGCACAAUUUUCAGCACCAAUGUCGUCAACAAUUCAUCGUCAAUCGAGUAUGGACAACAUCUCCACCCCAUACCAAGGAUCUGGGGUGUCAUCGUUAAGCAGCAACAGCUCAUUCUCAAGAUCACGAGCUGCAUCCUGGAGCGGGACAUACUCUGAGCAGCUUAGUGCUUUUGCGAGCACUAAAUCACCCGAGGGACAGACCAUGCCGUCACCACUCAUGCCCGGGAAACCGUCGCACAGUCGUUCCAACAGCAUCUCAUCUGUGCAGUUGAACGGAUUGACAGAGGAUCUUCAUGAGGUGGAGCUCUGA